AUGGUAGGUCGUAUCAAGCCUUUAGAUGAGUUGGUAAUCAAUAAAAUUGCCGCUGGGGAGAUCGUCAUAGCCCCAGUAAAUGCCUUAAAGGAGAUGAUGGAAAAUUCUAUUGAUGCAAAGGCUACCAAAAUAGACAUAUUAGUGAAAGAGGGUGGGCUAAAACUACUACAAAUUACGGAUAAUGGCUCAGGUAUUGAUAAAGAGGACUUACCUAUUCUUUGUGAGCGGUUUACAACAUCUAAGCUAGAGACUUUUGAGGACUUAAGCAAAAUUGAAACAUUUGGUUUUCGUGGUGAAGCAUUGGCGUCUAUAUCGCAUAUAGCAAGGGUGACGGUUACAACAAAGACCGAGAGAGAUGUAUGUGCAAUGAGGGUAUCUUAUUCUGAGGGAAAAAUGCUGGGAGAACCUAAACCUGUUGCAGGAAAAACCGGUACGAUUAUCACCGUCGAAGACUUGUUUUAUAAUAUCCCUUCAAGACUGAAAUCAUUUCGGUCAGCUACUGAGGAAUUCAAUAAGAUUUUGGAUAUGAUAGGAAGAUACGCAAUUAAUAAUGUUGGUAUUGGGUUUACAUGUAAAAAAUUUGGGGAUUCUAAAGUCGCUCUAACGGUAAAGAAUGAAGUGUCGUCAGUUGACAGAGUCCGUAUUGUAUUUGGAGCAAAUGUUUCCACGAAAUUAAUGGAUUUCGACAUCGAAAUCACUGAAAAGGAUAGAGAAAAUGGCCUCAUCAGGGCCAAUGGAUUGGUAAGCAACCUUGAUCUAACCAAUAAAAAACCUAUACAACCAGUGUUCUUCAUUAACGGAAGAUUGGUUUCGUGUGACCCUCUAAGGCGUUCUUUAUACCAAAUAUAUUCCGGAUUUCUACCGAAAGGUAAUAAGCCAUUCAUUUACUUGGCAUUAGAGAUAAAGUCACAAAAUCUCGAUGUUAAUAUCCACCCAACCAAGAGAGAAGUGCGGUUCCUCCACGAAGAAGAUGUCAUAGACUGCAUAUCUCUUCAACUACAAAAACUGUUAUCAAGCAUUGAUACUUCACGCUCUUUCAAAACUGCAACUCUUUCACCGUCGAAUUCAUACCAAAUGCAUACUACCGAAUUAGGUCCCAUGAAUCAAAUCUCUACGCCGUUAAGUCAAAAAGUCAAAAGGCAGGAGAAUAAACUAGUCAGAAUUGAUUCCACGCAGGCUAAAAUCACAAAAUUUUUAAGAUCAUCAAACUCCGAACCGAACCGAAGCAGAACUGGAACUAAACUCCAUUUCUCAACAAGAAAUAAUGACGAUGACGAUACAACACUACAAAAUGUUGAAGAUGAAGAUAAUAACGAAAAUGAAGCUACUCUAACAAAAUACACUACAUCAAGAAGCAAUACAUACUAUGUGUCACCUAAACAAAGAGUAACGGUCAACUUGACCAGUAUUAAAAACCUUAAGGAAUUAGUAGAUCAGCAAUGUCAUUCUGAACUUACAAACAUCUUUGCGAAUUUGACUUAUGUUGGAAUAGUUGACGAAACUAGACGACUCGCAUCUAUUCAAUGCGACUUGAAAUUAUUUUUGGUUGAUUAUGGAAGUAUAUGCAAUGAAUUAUUCUACCAGAUUGGUUUAACAGACUUUUCAAACUUUGGAAAGAUCAUUCUCUUUGACGAAGACUCAACAGAAGAAGGUUUCAAUUUGAUGAAUAUUCUGAAGAAUAUAGAUACUCUACGAAUUGAGAAAAUUGAAGAGAUUGUAAAAAAACUCAGCAACAUGAAGGAAAUGUUGAAUGAAUACUUCUCUAUAGAAAUCAUCGUUAAUGAUGAAGACUGGAAACUAUCGAGAAUUAAAAGCAUUCCUCUUUUACUAAAAGAUUACAACCCGCCGCUAUCGAAACUACCAUUUUUCCUUUAUCGAUUGGGCACUCAGGUGAAUUGGGAAAACGAGCAGGAAUGCUUAGAUGAGGUUCUAAAACAAUUAGCAUUAUUUUACAUCCCUCCAAUUAUAGAGAGAGUUGAAGAAAAUGAUUCGGAAUAUCUAAAAUCUAGAUAUGCGGCAGAUAUGCAUGAACUAACCGAUAUCAUGGACCAUGUAAUAUUCCCGGUUAUUAAAAGGAGGCUUCUAGCUCCAAGAAGAUUAUUGAAGGAUGUAGUAGAGGUCGCAAAUUUACCGGGUCUAUAUAAAGUCUUUGAGAGAUGUUAA